AAUGUUCACUUCCACUCCUUCCCCUACUCCUUCCUCCACUCAUUUUUCAUCAUCAUCUCCCUCACCUUCUUUCUCACCAAUAUGUACUGUUUCAAACUGUGACAAUUGUCAAAACUCCUUUUGCUGUAAAACAUGUUCAUUUGGUUCCUAUUUGAAUCCUGAUGGAUGUACCUGUGGUCCUUGUAGAGUAUCAAAUUGUUUAAGAUGUGAGUUGCUGAAUUCAAGUUGUUGUACUGAGUGUGGAUCAGGAUAUGAACUAGUUAAUGGCUGUCAAUGUGGAGCAAUAACAUAUCCAUGCACACAGCCUGUGGUUUGUGAGAAAUGUGAUGCUACUGGAUGCUGUCAAACCUGUUCAUCAGGUUAUAGUAUGAGUGCCAAUAAUUGUUUAUGUCGUUGUUCAUUGUCCUGUGACAGAGGAUAUACUCCAUCAGCUAACUGCACUAGUUGUGUUUUGACUAACAUCUGUGAAGCAUCAAACCCUUGUGGUACUGCUGACUGCUCUCUGGGAUCACAACCACACCAAUACACUUGUUACUGUGCUGCUAAUAGAUCUAAUACUCAAAGUCAAAGUCUAUCAGCUUCUAUUAUUGCAGUUAUUACAGUGCUAUCAUUGAUAAUUGCUGUGUGUAUUGCACUGAUUGUUGUAUUGGUGGUUGUUGUGAUCAACAAUAAGAAGCAAAAGCAACAAUUACAACAGCCUUCUCAUGACUAUGAUGUAAUCCGUCCAACUACUUCAGAUCCAGUAACACAGACUAACCAGGCUUAUCAAGUUGGCAGGCAGCUGCUUUAAAUACAUAAUGUGUGCAUAUUUUUUGAACUUACGUCAAUAAAUUAAAUUAUUACUGAAAGAUUAGUAAUGAUUUCAAACUGCUAGUAA